AUGAUGAAUGCAAGAACUUGGCAUACAGCAUCUGUACUAACAAAUGGAACAGUGAUAGUGACAGGUAGAAGUAAUAGUUAUAGUCUUCAAAGUAGUGCUGAGUUAUACGAUCCAUCAACAGGAUCUUGGACAACGACUAGUAGCAUGAAUAAUCCCCGAUUGUAUCACACUGCAACAGUCUUAGCCAAUGGGAAAGUGUUAGUUACUGGUGGAUCAAAUGGUAGUUCUCUGAAUAGCGCUGAGUUAUACGAUCUACUCACAGGAACUUGGAUCAUGACUGGUAACAUUAAUGUUGCACGAGAACAGCAUACAGCAACAUUAUUAACAAAUAGAAACGUAUUAGUUACUGGUGGAUCUAAUGGUAGUUUUGUUUUAAGUAGUACUGAGUUGCAUGAUCCAUCGGCAGGACUUUGGACAGUUGCCAAUAACAUGAAUAGUGGCCGAUAUCAACAUGUAGCAUCCGUAUUAACAAAUGGGCAAGUGUUAGCUACUGGUGGGUGGUAUAAUAUAUCUCUAGAUAGUACUGAGCUGUAUGAUCGUUCAACAGGAACUUGGGCAAUGGUUAGUAAUAUGAAUCCUGCACGAUAUCGACAUACGGGAUCUAUAUUGGCAAGUGGGCAAGUAUUGAUUACUGGUGGCUGGGAUGAUAGUACUAUUGUAAACAGUGCAGAAUUGUUUUAA